GUUAUCCCACUUCAACUUGCAUGCUGCCCUUCUUGAUUAAUUUCCUUCUAUACGGGAACUAGCAUCUCGGUUUUUUCUUUUUCUUGAAAAUGGCACACUACCAAGACCAAUAUCAGGCUGGUUCCUACAAGGAUGAAUAUGGCAAUCCAAUUCGCCCAACCGACGAAUAUGGCUAUCCAAUCCAGCAAACUGGGACCCCUGGCACUGGUACAUAUGGGACAGGGGGCGCUUAUGCUGGCGCACCAGAGAGUGGCACCGACUUUGGCGUCGGACAUGACAAAGAUCGCCAUGGUGUCUCUGGCAUGCUUCACCGUUCUGGAAGCUCAAGCUCUAGCUCCUCUGAAGAUGAUGGACAUGGUGGGAGGAGGAAGAAAGGGCUGAAGCAGAAGAUAAAGGAGAAGUUACCAGGGCAUCAUAAGGAGGAAAAAUCUCAUGCCACCUCUACUACUACGCCAGGUGGAUACCAUGCAGCGGAGGAGCACCAUCAAAGCGGAGGAAUAGUUGACAAGAUUAAGGAGAAGCUUCCAGGGGCGCACCACCACACCCACCAGCAGGGCCACCACUACUAGGCGACUGGCUGCUCCCUAAUCAACAUGUAGCCCUAUCUAAUGAUGUAUCUUGGAUAAUAUAGAUGUACUAGUUAUAGUUCAUGUUUGGUUCCCAUAAAAAGACUUAUUAGUCGAUGUAUGAUAAGUGGUGGAAGAGCUAGUUUGAACAGAUGCAUCUCUUUUGUGAAUUUAUGAAUGCUAUUUAAGUCUCCGAUGCA